AUGGUGUCUCCCACUGCGGAGAACUCCAUUGUGGUUUUCACACCAUCCCCCAGGGAACGACCAGUGACUUGGAAGGGGAUUGGGAUGGGAUUGACGAAUGGGACAUGCCUGAGCAUCUACGUUGACUCAGUGGCAGAUCAGGAAUCUACGGAUAGUGACUCGGAUCAAGUUUUACUGAGAACAAACAACAAAUCGGCGAAGGGCCCAGAGAGGAUAGUUGAAGGACGUGGACAGGAGAAGGGAGUGAAGCUAGGAGAGGAGGUGGCCAUUGAUGACCUCUCCAACGGCCUUCGAGAAAAGACAGGGUGUGGUCGAGUUCCACUAAGAAUCAGUGCUUACCAUUCGUCUCCAGGAGAUGAGCUUGGCCUCAACGCCCCGACAAGCAUCCUCGGAGCUCGGAGCGGACAGCCCAUUCACUUGCUUGUAGAUCGGGCCAGUCCAUGCAUAGCACAAUGGAGCAAACCAACCACCAGCCUGAAGGCCGUCGUCAACGAUGCUCCACAGUACUUCAAGGACCUGGCUUCUGGACAAGAUGGUCCAGAGGCUGGAGACGCUCAGUGGUAUCGCAAGAAAGGCUUUCCCGGAUGUAUCGCGUCAUGUGACUGUGUGGGAGAGAGGGCGAGAGGGAAGGACAGAGGAAACUGCCGUGAAGUCGAGGCAGACAAGCUGCUUGCCAAGGCCAACAUGGAGAGCAGUAGGAGCGAGCAGGAGGCCACGGGCGGGAAACUAGAGGAGGCGGAUCACGGAUUGCGCUUGAGACGCUGGGAUGUUGUUAUCGAAGGGGAGGAAUGGCUCGGAGGGUUUGAACAAUGUUGGCAACCAACACCAAAUUAUUUGUAUCAAGAAUAA